UAUGCCCCUGCAUUCGAUCAGCUGUUUGCGUGGCUUUUUAUAUUCGCACGCUUUUUGGCCGAAUUUGUUUCGUUUAUUUAAUAAGAAAUGACAAACUCCGAGUUUCAGGCUGUAGUUCUGGCCGCGGGGCGUGGCACUCGACUACCGGAAGUGCUGGGCGAUGCCCCCAAGUGCUUACUGCCUGUGGGCCCGUAUCCCCUGGUUUGGUACCCCCUAAAUCUGCUGCAACAACAUAAUUUUUCAGAGGUUAUUGUGGUGGUGCUGGAGCAGGAAAAGCUCGAAAUUCAAUCGGCCCUGGAAAAUACACCCCUGAAACUAAAAUUGGACUAUGCCACGAUUCCCGGUGACAAUGACUUUGGGACUGCAGACAGUCUGCGGUAUAUAUACGACAAGAUCAAGUCCGAUUUCCUUGUGCUUAGCUGCGACCUGGUCACCAAUGUUAGCCUGUAUCCCCUUAUCAACAAGUUCCGGGAGCACGAUGCAAGUUUGGCCCUGCUCCUCUUUCCCAGUGGUUUCGAGUCAGAUGUCGUGAUGCCGGGUCCCAAGAGCAAGCAUAAACCAGAACGAGAUGUGAUUGGCAUUCAUGCAUCAACCCAAAGACUGGCCUUCGUGUCUGCCGCCAGUGACUGUGAGGAAACCCUGAAUAUCCAGAGACAUCUGAUAAAGAACCGGGGACGACUCGAUGUGUACAGCCGAUUAGUGGAUGCCCAUGUCUAUGUGCUGAAGAAAUGGGUCAUCGACUACCUUCGGAGGAAAGAGAACAUUUCGACCUUUAAGGGCGAGUUUCUACCGCAUUUGAUAAAGAAGCAGCACUCCAAACGACCACCAAAAGCAGUGCAGGACACAACCUCUGAAGUCGGCGCGAUUACCAAGAAUGAGGAUAACGUUUUGCAUUACGUUCCUUACACCAUUCUGGACCAGAAGAUCACACAGACCUCUCUCUUCAACCAAUCUCUGUCCCAAGUUCCCUAUCACGGUGACGUGGUGCGCUGCUAUGGGAUUCAGGCAGGCAAAGAGGCGUUCGGAGUGCGGGUAAACAACACUCUGAGCUUCCUGGCAAUCAAUCGCAAACUGGCCAGCAUCUGGAACGAUCUGUGUGGCGAAAAGCACCCUCUAAUCUCCCCUGGCGCCCUGGUGAAGUCCACUCAAACGAAGGAGAUCAUUGCCGCCGACAACGCCAAGCUGUCCGAAAAGACCUCGCUGAACUUUAGCGUCUUCGGUCCCAACUGCAUCAUCAACCCCAAGAACAUUGUGGCCAACUCGCUUAUCAUGUCCAACGCCGUCGUGGAGGAGGGUUGCAACAUCGACAACUGCAUCAUUGGUCAUCGGGCGCUGGUGAAGAGCGGAUCAGUGCUGAAGAACUGCAUUAUCGGGCCCAACUACGUGGUGGAGGAGGGCACCCACAGCCAGGCGGUGCACCUAUCCAACGCGGAUCAGUUCAUGGAGAUUGACAUACAGUGAGCGGCUAACUUAAUGUGGCUUCCUUUAUUAACGAAUUGAGUUAGAAGGCGGAUUCUUCUAGCAGGACAUUAAAUAUUACAAAUAGGUACACAAAA